AUUUUUACACGAAAAGAGAUUUUGUUUUGUGACUGUUUGUUUUCUUGAAGGAAUUAACAUUUUCUUAUAAAAUAUGAAAAAUAAUUAGGUCACAUAAGUUGUAUACACGAUAAAGAAAACAAAUUAUGGAAUUGAAAGUCUGGGUUGAAGGAAUUCAAAGAAUUGUUUGUGGUGUAACCGAAUCAACAACUUGUCAGGAUGUGGUGUUUGCACUUGCCCAUGCGACUGGGAAAACUGGAAGAUUCACAUUGAUAGAGAAAUGGAGAAAUAAUUCCAGAUUAUUAGCACCUACUGAAUCUCCAUUAAAGAUUUUGAAUAAACUUGGUGAAUAUUCGGGAGAAGUACAAUUUAUUCUUCAAAAGUCAGAGAAGUCAGUACAGCAGGCAACUGAAAAUAAUGUCGGUGAAAAUGCUGAAAAGAAAUCUCCUCUAGAUAAAACAAAAAAGGCCAUAAAUGAAAACGUUGGAAUAGUAAAACCACAGUAUCAACAACAGCAGUCAAACGAAAAUCUCGAUAGCACAAAUAAAAUUGAAUCUUCUUCGCCAGAGAAAUUGCAACUUAAUACUGAAAAUUCAACAGAUGCUUUUAUUAAUCAAAAAUUUAAAGUUAAGAAUUCGCCAUCUCCCGUAACUUCGCCAAUUGGAAUUUCUGGAUCUUUAAAUCCUCCCCCUUAUCGUAAUCCACCUUCACCGGCAAAACAAUUUCAACUUCCUAAUUCGUCUAAAACUAUCGAAUCUAAUAAUGGUAGCAAUAAUAUAGAGGUUCUUAAUUCCCCAAUACAAUCAAAUGAUGAUCUUUUACAUACUAUUCAAUAUAAGGAUUUGAUACAGCUUAUUAAGCUUCAAAGAGAUAAAAUUAUCAAUCAACAAAAUGAUUUAACAAAAUUUGAUGCUGAAAUAGUUUAUCUUGAAAGCAAAAGUAGAGAGCAGCUUCAGCAGUUUGAAUUAAUUUCUAAUGAACUGACAAAAACGGACCAAGCAUAUAGACAAGGAAAUGACCAACUUCAAACUUUACAAUACGUUGAAGAGGAAAAUGAACUAGUACACCAACAGGAAAAAUCAUUGAAGGCAGAAAUAACAUUAUUACGAUCUAAAUUGGGAAUAUUAGAAACGGAAUUGCUACAAUGCAAAAAUAAGAUCAAAAAACUUAUGAAUGAUUUACAAUUGGAACAAAAGAGUCUCUCGCAGCAACAAGAAAAUCACCACAUUUUGGAACAAAAGUUAAUGACUGAAGUUGAUAGAAUACAAUCAGAUAUUGAUUUUGUUAUGCAUUCCAAUGAAAGUACACAAAAAACAACAGACUCGCUGAAAAAAGACGUAUUGAUGUUAGAGAUGUCAAUAGUAGAAAAGAAGAAGCAAUUAGAAAAAUUGGUUCACGAAAUGAAAGAAGUAAAUCUUCAAAGUCUUACAGUAACCACGGAGGAUCAUCAUUUAUUUUAUGAUGGUUCUGGCAAAAGAAGAAUGAUUGGAUCUCCAAGACAGUUAGUAAAUGCACCUGCUCACGGUGUUUGGGUUUAAGAAAUUUUUAAUAGUGCAAUUGUAAAUGAAUGAGAAUCAAAUUUAUUCCUUAAGCUAAAAUUACAUUCGAAUUAAAAAAUAUUAUAGAGAGAAAAAGAUUAUAUUAUUAGAAAAGAAA